AUGACAAGGCCGGCCGAGCUUCCCGACACUCGACCACUAGCCGUGUCUUCACCGUCCAGCAGCUUGCGCAGCGACGGGAGCAAUAUGAGCACCUACCCCCCUACCCCAACCGAGGCGCUCACUCAAGCCCGGGAGGGGCCACAGUGCUGGUCACAAAAUGACUGGCAUUGGGACUUCGUCGAGUGGGACGCAGUUCGGAGCCAAUACUCUGAGUCCAUGUACGAAUCAAGGAAGCGCCAGCUGGUUCUUCAUGAAAGAUCGAUAUGUGAGAACAAAGAAUGCGAGAGACGAAACGAGCAAGAAUGGAACGCAAUCCGGGACCUAAGAUGGAUCGAUCCGGACCAGUACUAUCUGAAAAAGAAGCAGCGCGAACGUAGCUUGAGGGAUCUGCAUCUUCGCCUCGAGGGUUGGACACAAGAGCAGAUCGACGCCAUGGAUCGAGAAGCAGAGGCGGCUUCGGAAGCACGGCGAAUAGAUAUCCUGAACAACCCUCCCCCUCGGACCCAAGAGGAGAAGGAGAGAAGCCAAGCUAUGCUCCGGAAAGCAAAGGAAAUGCGUGACCGCAUGUUUGCUGAAUACGAGUCCAAACAUGGCCGAGGUAGCGCGAACCGUUGGAAGCUAGAACCAUCGCCUCAGCCAGAGGACACUUCCCGCAAGGUUCGUGGCGGAAGAGUCACGAAGCUCGCGGCACGGAGCAAAAGCGAUACUCGCGGACACACUCGGUCCCGGCAGCGCGCACCAACAUCCGCCAAAACCCAAGGACGGCGUCGUGGGCCAGCCCGAACCAAACGAGUGCCGGAAGAGCCUGGUUCUGGUGUUGCUCCGCGCAGGAGUCGGAGGCUCGCUGGAGAGUUGCCCGAAUUUGGCACGCGGCCAAGUGAUGCACCGCCACGCGGCCAGACGUUGCGAGGUCCGCACUUGGAAACACGCAAGACGAGCACUUCAGACUCGCGCCGCAGCAAACGGUCCAAGAAGCCAGUGGCGGCCAAGAGCGCGAAGCCGUAA